CCAUUCCACGACAUUAAAACAUUGCAGCAUAUAGUCUCUUCCAAACAAAAUUAUUAACACGUCUUCUUCAUAACGCAUUAUCGGACUAGCAUUUUAUCAAGAAUAGAAAACAUUAUGACAAUGAAUUAAGUAGAAAGCGAGUAGUAAGGAAUUUUGCCACUCGCUGUUUUUUUUUCUUUAGUUUCGCUACUUGGAACAUUACAAGCAAUAGCAAGAACAUCAACUAGUUCAAGCUAAACUUUGAUAUAAAAAAAUGAGUAUUGGUUUGAUUCAUAAAGCAGAAGAAAAGGUAUUUUUGUCUGCUGCAGAAGCAGGAACAUUUUUAUCCCAAAUAGACAAACGUUGGGAGCGAUUGGUUCAGUUGGUAGGAGAUUAUCGGCCUGUAUUAACAAAUCCAUCUAAGGAGCCAUACGAAGAAUUAAUUCAGGCAGUCGCAGGUCAGCAAUUGCACAAAAAAGCAGCGGACACUAUAUAUGAAAGGUUCAAAUCCUUAGGGACGGAUGGACACUUCCCUUCUCCUCAAAAGAUACUAGAGAUGGACUUGGAGAAGUUACGUUCUUGUGGUUUUUCUGCUAGGAAGACUGAAACCAUACGGAGCAUCGCAGAAGCAACUAUUACUGGGGUUGUACCGUCUAGAAAAGCAGCAGAGGCUCUGACAGAUGAUGAGCUAAUUGAACGAUUAACAAAAAUAAAAGGAAUUGGUCGAUGGACGGUCGAAAUGCUGUUGAUUUUUUCACUCAAUCGACCCGAUAUUAUGCCAGCGGAUGACUUGAUUAUUCGGAAUGGAUUUCGAUACUUACAUAACCUAAAGACAAUACCAACAAAAAAAUAUGUUUUAGAAAAAAGUGAAAUUUGCGCUCCAUAUCGAUCAGUUGCCGCUUGGUAUCUUUGGAAAACAGCAAAGUUACCUGACUAUGUGAAAGUGAAUUCCAAGCUCACAAAACUGAAACGCUCGGAGACUUUAUAGUUAUGCUCCUUCAUUUACUCUUUAUUUAUUUAUUUUUUUGGUUCUUUGCUUGAAGCAGUCUUCUGUUUGGAUAGUUGGUUUUUGGAUAAAUUAAGUUUUUUAUUAUUAGUUUGAAAACUCGUAACUUUGAUUUCGUAUCUACAAAAAAUAUUUCAUAAGAUGGUUGCAACAUCAAUAACUUAAAGUGACUAGAACAUGCUUUAGUUUAUACUUCCUUGGAUCGAACAAGAGGAGUUUUUACGAACAUGCCAACAAUAUCGAAAAGAA